AUCUUUUUUUUCUUUCUCUUUAAAGAGUUGGUGGUACGUGGUUAGAUUUUUUUUAUAUAUAUACUCAAAACUUUCCUAUAAAUAUAUGAGACUAUCACAAAGCCAGUGAUAAACUAUAGCUCCAACAAAACAAAGAACAUAUACCAAGUUAUAUAUAUAAAUAAUGGAGGUGAGCAUUGUCUCAAGAGAACUAAUCAAGCCAUCCUCAGAAGCUCACCAUCUGAAACCAUACAACCUCUGCCUUUUUGAUCAACUCAUUCCUGAUACUUUCGUCUCUGUCAUUCUCUUCUAUCCCAAUAACAAACUCAAUAUUAUUAUCCAUGAUGAUCAUCAUGAUCACCUCUCCAAAACCAUAAUCCAGCUGAAGAAAUCCUUGUCAGAGACACUCACUUUGUACUACCCACUUUCUGGGAGAACCAAAAACAAUCUAUACGUAGAUGAUUUCUCCACUGGUGUUAUUUUCAUAGAAGCCAAAGUCAAAUGUCAAAUGUCAGAGUUUAUUCAGCAAAGGAAAAACGAAUCUCAGAACCAACUAGUCCCUUUCCAACCCUUCUGCAAAGAAAAAACAUGGCCUCCUCUUCCCCCACUUGCCUUUCAGAUCAACCUUUUCUCUUGCGGUGGAAUCGCACUAGGCAUUUCCAUGUGCCACAAGAAUGCCGAUGCCGCAACGCUAAGCAAUUUUCUCAAAUCCUGGACAGCUUUCUUUACCCAAUCUCCCCACAACAUAAUAAAACCCGAUCUCUCUUCUCCUUCUCUUCACUUUCGAUCCAAAACGAACGAGUUUCUUGAAAACUACACUUCUUUGAUGGACCGUAUGUGGUUCGGGGAAGGAGAUUAUGUCACAAAGAGCUUUGUUUUCCCAGCCAAGUCCAUUGAAACUCUUAAACAAAAGGCGAAAAGCGAACGCGUUCCUAACCCGUCUCGCAACUUGGCAAUCUCGUGUUUGAUAUGGAAACACGCGAUGGCGGCUUCUUGGGCUGUGUUUGGAUCCCCUAAGGCAUCCAUUGCUGGGCAAGCGGUGAACAUGAGACCCCGAAUGAAGCCUAAACUGGAUGGAGCUGUUGGAAAUUUGUUCUGGUGGUCAAUGGCAUCUUAUGAUCCGAACGAUUAUAGUAAUGAAGUGGAGUUAAGUGAGUUGGUGGUGCAGAUGAAGGAAUCAAUAACGACAGGACUUUUUGAUGAAGAUUAUCUUUCUCAACUGAUGAUGAUGGCCAAUAACAAAGAGGGGCUGGUGAGUGAGGUUGAGAAUCAGCUAGAGAUUAUGAGUUGCAUUGAAUUAGAAAAUAAUGCUGAUAUAUUUGUGUUCACUAAUUGGAAAGAUUUCUUUGGGGAAGUUGAUUUUGGGUUUGGGAAACCGUUGAGCGUAGGAAGCAUAGGAAAGGUUGGCCCUGCUUUUAGGAAUUUGGUCAUCUUAGUUGAUGCUGAUCAAUGGGGUAAAGGCUCAGUCGAUGCAUUUAUUACCUUAAAAGCCAAAGAAAUGACUCUACUCCAGAAGGAUGAAGCCUUUUUACAUUUUACAUUUCAGAAUCCAUUCCUGCCAAAUAAUAAUAAUAGUAAUGCAUAGUACUAUGACAUAAAUCUCAAGCUAUAGCUACUAUGAAAUAAAGCUCAAACUAUAGCUACUAUGAAAUAAAGCUCAAGCUAGAGCAACCUGGCCAUAAAAGCAUUCCAUUUCCAAAUUAUACAAUGUAAUAUAUAAAUGUAAAAAAAAAAAUAAA